AUGGUGAAAUCGGCCGUAAAGAAGGGACGAAAAAGAUUGACUCACCAAGAGGAUCCGAAAAUUAGGGAUGGAGUUGUUAAACAUAGGGAGAAACUAACAAGCAGACAAAAACAAAGGCUUAAGAAGCGUUUCCUGAAAUCUGAUGAACUUGUUGAAAAUAGGACGCCUAAAAAGUCAUCUGACAGUGUGUCUGCGACUCAAAGUGGAUUUUUUGAAAAUGACGGUGACGAACUUAUGGUUGAUGAUUUUGGACGUCUAUCGGAUUUGGAAGAAGACAUUGAGACAAAUGCGGAUUCUGUAGAACCUGCUUUAAUAAAUCGCGGUGUAAACCUUGAUCCUUUGGAACCGUGGAGCAAAGUUGGACUUGUUGUUUAUUCAUCACAAGUAUCAUUAGGUGCAACACCAGAAUAUCUUGCCGGUCAUUAUAUACUUCAGGGAGCUAGUUCUAUGCUUCCUGUAAUUGCCUUGUCCCCUCAGUUAGGCGAGCGUAUCUUGGAUUUGUGUGCUGCGCCUGGUGGGAAAACAACUUACAUUGGCAAGUUUGCAAUUUAAUUUGAUGUACUAAUUAGUCGAAGUUUUGGAAUUAUUGGUGUAUCCUCAGUACUAUUAUUUACCGUGUUUUUAUUAACUUGUGUUAUUUGAGAUGGUUAUCUGAAUCCAUUACAGGGAAUUAGUUUUUGAUGUUUCGGGUAUGUCCAGUUCUCGAGAUAGUAUUAUAUCACUCAGGUUUCGGGAAUUAUUGGAUUUAUUUACCGGGUUUCUGAUUUUAAACCCUGUGGUACUAAACUUAGUCCCGUCACACACGAGUGAUACUUCCUACAUACUAAUGAUUCUACAUAGCUUACUUAUUCAUAUCUGUAAGAUAGGUACGAAUCUUUACUCUUAUCCGUGUCAACUUCAACUUUGCCAGGAGGAAUCGGCGAACUAUUUGUUCCUUGGGAUCUGCGUCUGGGCAGUUACAAUAAGGUCUUAUUUCGGAGGGCUAUGAUUUCUUAAUAUUCCUCCUAAAAACUGAGGGGAGUGACAAUUUAGUUAAUAAUAGGUGUGCUCGGUGGGUAACACUCAAAGUAUUCUCCCUUACUACUUACAGAAUUAAAGUAACCGUUGAGCCUUGAAAGAUUCAACCGAAGAGUAGUGAGUUCCGUAGCUUACUGAUUAGAGCUGAGGAAAGGUGUGCACAAGCCUAAUAUAAACAUCUUUAGGUUAGUUUGUUGUGAAACAGUUAAUUGCUUAUAUUUUAACUGAAGAAUUGUAAAUGUUUGGUCACUCGACAGUUUUGUGUAUACUCUUUUCCAUUACUCAUAAGCAAGAACAACGAUUUAAGCAACAUAUUAUAAGUUUGUCGUUCUUAUAAGCUAUCCACAAUCCUCAGCAUUCUGACGUCAAAAUAAUGAAGUUCAGCAUACUUGUUUUCCUGAAAGGUUUUCUCAAAAGUUUUAUUCCUCAUCAACCGUAUGAAAAAAUGAGGCGCUGAGAAUGAGCCCAAACUAGCAUUAGAUACCGGUCACAAAUAUCUCAGAAUUGUAGAUUAUCAGGUGGUGAGGCUGCGGAAAAGAAUGAUUCCAAACCCAGUUCUAGUCGGAUAGAAAACCAACUCGAUUGCCUUCGGAUCUGUCACGUAAGUGCUAGGUGUUUGUUUGAUAAGGAUUCGAAACGUGGCGUGCGGUGUAUUAUAAAGAACUAACAUUACUAAACUUAAAUUACUAUGAGCUGAUAAAACCCAGAAGCAUAAAAGCAAAUCAGCAGCAAGAUUUGUUGGAUUCAAUGCACUGUUGUGGCCGUAAAUAUAUAGAAAACACUUGAAAUUGUGAUGACUACUAUCUGACACCAAAUACUCGGUUAUUGUAACACAGUCAUACGUCUGAACAAACUGAAGAUACACUAUUCAAAUUACGAGAACCGAAUUACUUUUCUAAAACAGACGUAAGGCAUAUGCAUUGGCGAAUUCCGUUGGAUGCGAUCCCUGGUGAACUAACUAGCAAUAAUGGAAUAUUCGACCUGCUCGUAUACAAGCUCCU